AUGGAUCGUCGCUGCUGCCGUCGCCAUGACUACAGCGUGCUGGUGCUGCUUCACAAGGAGGAGCCUCUUCAGUCCAAGAACGUUCUCGUUUCUAAAUACGCCGACAUGUCCAUGCACUUGGUGAACAUCGACACGCCAGUCAUUUCUGGAACGUUGUUGCAAGUGCUUGCGUGGGCAUCGCCGUCCUUGGCACUCUUCGGGAACUCGCAUCCAUCGUGGACGACAUGCCGCUCUUCGACCCACUCCACCCUCUCCCGACGAACGACGUCGAUACGAGGACUUCGACACGAGGACUUCUCGGCUCCGCGACGUCACGCCCGCGAUGUCGCCCAUGCCAUUCUGGACGCCAACGCCGCCGCGGUCCCGCUUCUCGCAGCGAUCGCCUGCAUAGAGACGAGAUCCUUCGCGAUGCGGCCGCGUAUACGCAUCUGGCCAAACCCUCGGCCGCUUGAUGGGAUCCCCGUGCUGAUCAAAGACGAGCUGGACGCUACAACACGACGUUCCGGCACGUCCUUCCUGGGCGCGCUCCUCGGUCCGGCCACGGCAGACUCGAUCGCAGUCGGCCACCUUCGUCACAACGGCGCGGUCAUCUCCCACACGGAACGCGUACUCGGCCAGCCUCAUGUCUGGCGGGUCGGCGACCGCGGGUCUCGUGCCCUCGCGCUCAGGUGCGGCUCCAUCCGGACCCCCGCCGCAUUCAACGGCGUCACAGGAAUCAAGGCGACGUUCAUGCGCAUUCCCGAGCUGGCCCGGACCGAUCCGAGCAUGGCCAACGUCGGCCCCAUCGCCGCCACCGUGCAGGACGCGGCGGUCGCGUACGACGUGCUGAGUGGCAGCCACACCGACGUCCCCACGAGCCAGGUGCAGACACCCCCCACGUCGACUUGA